AUGGCUGUUGAGAUGAGCAAGAACGAAACUGAGCUUCGGAAAAUUGGCUUCCAGAGCGGAAGCCAGCGAGGGAAUGAUCAGCGGGAUCACAGUCUUUCAGCUAAGCUAUUCUAUUCUGAUGCUCAGUUACUGGUUCUUGAGGAAGCCCCUCAGGUGAACAGCCGUGUACGUUUUUUGCUCUUUGAGCGGCACUGCUCUGUGAGCAAGCACUUAGUUUGGAGGGGGGCACUGAAAGGGGCAAACCUUUACAUCGAAAUCCCCACUGGUGUCCUCCCGGAAGGGAGCAAAGAUAGUUUUUCACUCUUGCUGGAGUUUGCAGAGGAGAAAUUACAGGUUGAUCAUGUUUUCAUCUGCUUCCAUAAGAGCCGAGAUGACAGAGCAUCGCUGCUGCGGACGUUCAGUUUCAUGGGCUUUGAGAUUGUGAGACCGGGUCAUCCCCUCAUCCCAACCCGCCCCGACGCUUUCUUCAUGGCUUACACCAUCGAAAGAGACUCCGACAGUGACGAAUAAAGCUUUUCAAUCACAUCUUGCUUCUAAUUAUUAUGAUGAAUCUCACUAAACAUGGUCACCAUUAAAAGAAACCUAGUAUGAAUGUCAAAUUAUAUUUUUAUUAGAUUUUUUUUCUUGUUUUUUCCCCCCUGUUAGGGGGGGGGGGGUUUUUUUUUUUAGUUGAAUUUUUUUUUUUCCAGUCGUAUUUGCACUAGUGUAAACCAAAUUUCCACAGUGACCAUUAGUUUUUAAACCAUUACCACUGGGCUUAACUUCCAGUGUAGUUGGAUUCUUUGCCGAUUCCCCUUAACCCAUUCCCACACAGACCAUUUUUAGUGCGUAAUAUUUAUAGUUAAGAUCCCUAUAGCAACAACGGUUUUCAUUGAUGUUGAUUUCUUUUUAUAGUUGUCUUCAAGUUGUUUUCUUAAUGUGUGCAUGACUUGGAGUUUUUAGUUAUGACUUCUAUAGUAUCUGUCUGCAUGUUCAACAGUGUGCAGAAUAAAAAUGCUCACCCUCUACCACUA